UUUCUUCUUUAUAGAAGUAGCUGUUAGGAGAAAGCAUCCCAGUAUCUUAGGGAAAAACACGGUUCACUUCCCAGACACUGAAAGAGCAGAAUGGCUAAAUAAGACUGUAAAACAUAUGUGGCCUUUCAUUUGCCAAUUUAUAGAGAAGUUGUUUCGAGAAACCAUAGAGCCAGCUGUGCGGGGAGCAAACACCCACCUUAGCACCUUUAGUUUCACGAGAGUCGACGUGGGUCAGCAGCCCCUCAGGAUCAAUGGUGUCAAGGUAUACACUGAAAAUGUGGACAAAAGACAAAUUAUUUUGGACCUUCAGAUUAGUUUUGUAGGAAAUUGUGAGAUUGAUUUGGAGAUCAAGAGAUAUUUUUGUAGAGCUGGUGUGCAAAGUAUACAGAUUCAUGGCACAAUGCGAGUGAUCCUGGAACCGCUGAUUGGAGACAUGCCCUUAGUGGGAGCCUUGUCUAUCUUCUUCCUGAGGAAGCCACUUUUAGAAAUCAACUGGACAGGACUGACUAACCUUCUGGAUAUCCCGGGACUGAACGGUUUAUCAGAUACCAUCAUUUUGGAUAUAAUAUCAAACUAUCUGGUGCUUCCCAAUCGAAUCACUGUUCCUCUCGUCAGCGAAGUUCAAAUAGCCCAGUUGCGGUUUCCGAUACCAAAGGGUGUUCUAAGGGUGCAUUUCAUUGAAGCUCAGGACCUCCAGGGGAAGGACACUUACCUGAAGGGACUUGUCAAGGGAAAGUCAGACCCCUAUGGAGUGAUUCGAGUCGGCAAUCAGAUCUUCCAAAGCAAGGUCAUCAAAGAGAACCUGAGUCCAAAGUGGAACGAGGUGUACGAGGCCUUGGUCUAUGAGCAUCCUGGGCAGGAACUGGAGAUUGAGCUCUUUGAUGAAGACCCAGACAAGGAUGACUUUCUAGGAAGUCUCAUGAUUGAUCUGACCGAAGUGGAAAAGGAGCGCCUUCUAGAUGAAUGGUUCACCCUGGACGAGGUCCCCAGAGGAAAGCUGCACCUGAAACUGGAGUGGCUCACACUGACGCCACACGCUGCUCACCUGGACCAGGUGCUGACAGACAUCAGGGCUGACAAAGACCAAGCCAACGAUGGCCUUUCUUCUUCCUUGCUGAUCGUGUAUUUGGAUUCAGCGAGGAACCUUCCGAGUAACCCGUUAGGGUUUAACCCCGGUGUCUUGAAGAAGACUGCAGUUCAGAAAGCUUUAAAGUCUGGGAAGAAAAUAAACAGCAACCCCAACCCUCUGGUGCAGAUGUCAGUUGGUCACAAGGCCCAGGAGAGCAAGAUUCGGUACAAAACCAAUGAACCUGUGUGGGAGGAAAACUUCACUUUCUUCAUUCACAAUCCGAAGCGCCAGGACCUUGAAGUUGAGGUCAAAGAUGAACAACAUCAGUGUUGCCUGGGGAACCUGAAGAUCCCACUCAGUCGUCUGCUCACCAGCGAUGACAUGACCAUGAACCAGCGAUUCCAGCUCAGUAAUUCAGGUCCAAACAGCACUCUGAAGAUGAAGGUCGCCCUCAGGGUACUCCACCUCGAAAAGCAAGACAGGUCUCCAGACCACCAGCACUCAGCUCAAGUAAAGCGACCCUCAGUUUCCAAAGGAGGGAGAAAAGUAUCUGUCAGGUCUCAGGUGUCCAUGUCACCAGGCGCUGGGGACAGCAGCCCAGCCCCGUCCACUCCAGUCCUUGGAGGCGGUGCGAAGUCCAGCGUGGAGGACAGAGCUCAGCCUGCGGAGACCAGCCCUCAGGGGCCUCGAGACCUGGGCAGAAGCGCCUCUAGCCUCCAUGGCGGCACAACCGGCUCCCCCAGCCACAUCUUCAUCAAGGAGCCCACCCCCAGCAUAGCCUCGGACAUAUCGCUGCCCAUCGCCACGCAGGAGCUUCGGCAGAGGCUGCGGCAGCUUGAGAAUGGGACGACGCUGGGACAGUCUCCCCUGGGGCAGAUUCAGCUGACAAUCCGGCACAGCUCGCAGAGGAACAAGCUGGUGGUGGUCGUGCACGCCUGCAGAAACCUCAUUGCCUUCUCUGAAGACGGCUCUGACCCCUACGUCCGCAUGUAUUUGUUGCCAGACAAGAGGAGGUCAGGGAGGAGAAAAACACACGUGUCAAAGAAAACACUGAACCCCGUGUUUGAUCAGAGCUUUGAGUUCAGCGUCUCGCUACCGGAAGUGCAGCGGAGAACGCUGGACGUCGCCGUGAAGAACAGUGGCGGCUUCCUGUCCAAAGACAAAGGGCUUCUUGGCAAAGUGUUGGUUGCUCUGGCGUCUGAAGAGCUCGCCAAAGGCUGGACCCAGUGGUAUGACCUCACAGAAGACGGGACGAGACCCCAUGUGGUGACGUAGGCCACGCUGGUCAGGGAGCUCCCUGGGCAUCUGCCACCCUGCGUGCUCGGAAGGCGCCUUCCCCACACACCAGUGCUAUUUUUAUACUUCAUGUUCUUCGCUUAUCGUUUUAUAUAACGUGGACGUUUUGAUCAUAUUUGGCCAAUGUUACUGUUAACUUUUGUAUGUCUGACUUCCUGUAGCAUUUCAGCAGUUAUCACUGUGUACAGUAGGACGCAGUCACUGCGGUGUUGUGCUGGGCUGUGUCCAGGAGGCAGGUGUGUCAUGCUUCGUUGUUACCUUGUUUUGUGUGUCACUGAGGCACACUGUGCCAUGUACAUAGACUCUAUUUUUUAUAAUCUCUAUAAACUGGUUUGAAUUCAGAAAAAAAUGGUUUAAGGAAAUAUAUAUUUUUUCUUCUAAAUCUUAUUAAAUUCUUAUGACAAAUAAUCAUUUUUGUCUUUGCAAGAAAAGUUCUCAGUGACUUAUUUUGCGCUGUUUCUUUUUUAAAAGAAAAGCUGAAAGAUUAUUAAAUAUUAGUAUAUCUCUAUCCAUAAUCAGUGAAAGAAAGUAUUCAAAAAAUUAACUUUCAUAACUGUAAAAUGUGUUAUUGAGAAGUUGGUUGAAGUGUUUAUAAGAAAAAAUGUUAUAUAUCUAAGUUGCAUAGACUAUUAAGAGAAUUAUCACGGUUCAUUAAUCAUAGUGUCCUAAUUUGAAACUUCUUACAUCCAUGAAAAUGUCAAGUUUUUUUUUAAUUGCUUGUUGUAACUUAUUCAUGAAAUAGUGCACAUAAACACAAUUAUACUUUUUCUAAAAUAUAAUACAAAUUUUCAGUGUUAGCUGUUAGGUCAUUGUGAAAUAGUCUAUCAUGAGCUUUGUGGGUUUUCUGUGUUUUCCCAGCCUGUAAAGAAAGACAAGCUUAUGUUGUCACCAUAAAGGUUGCGAGGUAAAUCGGGGUAAGGAGAUAGGAAAUUGCAUUAAAAGCCGAUCACUGGUUCACGCGUUCGUCGGUGUGACAUCGCGCAGGACAGUGGUCUGAGCUGGUCCUCGGCUCCAUUCUGCUCUCACGGGCUGCAACCAGGGUGUCAGCACAGCGGCGCUUGGAUGAGAAUCACCAUUUCCUGGUUUCCUUACUUCAUGCCAUGACUGACCUCAAUAUUGGAAUAUUGUGACACAAUUAUUUUGGAAUAUAUUUUUCUUCUUAGAUUAUUAAAAGCAUGUUUUAUAUCCUGAA